GGGGAGGGCCGGCCGGGCACUCGGCUCCCGGCCGCGCGCGUUAGGGCCACUCGUGCUCCUUCUCAGCGCCCGGCCGGCUUCAUGUGAAGCGCUGGCCCUCCGCCCCCUCCCUCCCAUUCCUUCCCUCCCUCCCUGUCCCCUCCUCCUCCUCCUCCUCCUCCGGCGCCCGUUCCCGCUUCCCGGGGCCCCCAGCCCGGCCGGGCGCUGACAGCAGGGGUGGGGGUCCCCGCCGCCGUCUUGUCUCGCACAGGCUCCGGCUGGGCAGCGGAGCCCCCUGUGCGGCCAUGGACCGGCCCCUGGUGGCAUCGGCGGAGACGGAGGAGGAACUGGAGUGGCAAGUGGCGAGUCGCAGAAGGAAGGCCUGGGCCAAGUGCCGCAGCUCCUGGCAGGCGUCGGAGACAGAGGAUCUGUCCACAGAAGCGACGACGCAGGACGAGGACGAGGACGACGAGGACGACCUCUCCCGCGCGAAGCUGCCGGCGGCCGCGGGAAGAGGAAACGUGCCUAACGAGAAGAUCGCGAUAUGGCUCAAGGACUGCCGUACACCUUUGGGAGCCUCACUGGAUGAGCAAAGCAGUAGUACAUUGAAGGGUGUGCUUGUGAGAAAUGGAGGAAGUUUUGAAGAUGAUUUGUCAUUGGGAGCUGAAGCCAAUCAUCUCAAUGAAAGUGAUGCCCAAAUUGAAAACUGCAAUAAUAUCUUGGCCAAAGAGAGAAGACUGCAGUUUCAUCAGAAAGGGAGAAGUAUGAAUUCCACUGGAUCUGGGAAAAGUAGUGGGACAGUUUCAAGUGUUUCAGAAUUGUUGGAACUUUAUGAGGAAGAUCCUGAAGAAAUUCUUUAUAAUCUUGGAUUUGGACGAGAUGAACCAGAUAUUGCUUCUAAAAUUCCUUCCAGAUUUUUUAAUUCCUCAUCAUUUGCCAGAGGGAUAGAUAUUAAAGUAUUUUUGAGUGCUCAAAUGCAACGGAUGGAAGUAGAGAACCCAAAUUACGCCUUAACAAGUCGUUUUCGUCAAAUUGAAGUGCUUACUACUGUGGCCAAUGCAUUUUCUUCUUUAUAUUCCCAAGUCUCUGGGACACCACUGCAGAGAAUUGGAAGUAUGUCCUCAGUGACCUCUAACAAGGAGACAGACUCGCCUCCACCUUUAACUCGAAGUAACACUGCAAAUCGUUUAAUGAAAACACUAUCAAAACUAAAUUUAUGUGUUGAUAAAACAGAGAAAGGAGAAGGUAGUAGUCCUUCCCCAGCAAUUGAAAAAGGAAAGAUUCUAAAUGUUUCAGUGAUUGAAGAAGGUAGCAAUAAAAAUGAUCAGAAGUCUCAAAAAAUUGUAAAGAAGAAGGACUCAUCUCCUAUGUUGGCUACAGUCAAAGAAGAAGUCUCAGGUAGUGCUGCACAUGUUAUGGAGAAUGCGAAUAUUGAUAGACUUUCUGAUGAAGCAAAUAGUAAUUUUAACCGAGAAACAGAAAGUGAACAAAGUAAAGAAACUCAGAGUCAUGAGAGUAAACUGGGUGAGGAAUCUGGUAUUAUAGAAUCUGAUUUAGGUACUGAUUUCAACAUGUCUGGCCACAGUGGGCUGGAAAAUAGCAGUGAGCUGAAAAAUGUCCACAUGUCCACACUUGAAAAAGAGCCAUGUGUACCACUGACAAUCCCAUCCAUAAGAAAUAUAAUGACACAGCAGAAGGACUCCUUUGAAAUGGAAGAGGUUCAAAGUACAGAGGGAGAAGUGCCUCAUGUUCCAGCUGCUUACCAGCUAGGUCUUACCAAGUCUAAAAGAGAUCAUCUCUUACGUACUGCAAGUCAGCAUUCUGAUAGCAGUGGUUUUGCUGAAGAUUCGACAGACUGCCUCUCCCUUAAUCAUCUUCAGGUUCAGGAGUCCUUGCAAGCCAUGGGGAGUAGUGCUGAUAGUUGUGACAGUGAGACAACAGUCACACCAUUUGGUGAAGACCUUGUUACACCAACAGUACAAGACCAGCCAUAUUUUAAUGAAUCGGAUGAGGAGUCUGUCAUCCCUUUUCAGAAGGGAAGAGAGAAGGCAGCAGCAGUUGCUGUCAAAAGAAAGUCAGAUAGCCAGGGUUUCCCUCAGAGUGAGACUGCUGAGAAUACGGGAAAGAAACAGUCUGCCUGUAGUGCAGGGGAUCGCAUUACUGAAAUUACUGAAAUGGAAGAGGAUUUGUCUCCAGCGCAGACGGUAGAGCUACUGAGGGAAGCAAGUGCUGAAAGCGAUGUGGAUAAAAGCAGUGAAUGUGAAUUUGCCCAGUAUACCACACACCACAUUCUGAAAUCAUUGGCCUCUAUUGAAGCUAAAUGCAGUGAUGUGAGCUCUGAAAAUACAACCUCUGAAAAUACAACUGGGCCUCCUUCUUCUGUGGACAGAGUUAAUACAGCUUUGCAAAGAGCUCAAAUGAAGGUUUGCAGCCUGUCUAAACAAAGAGUAGGACGUAGCCUGAUAAAAUCGAAAGAUCUGCUAAAGCAAAGGUACUUAUUUGCAAAAGCGGGCUAUCCUCUGAGAAGGUCUCAGUCUUUACCAACCACCUUGUUGAGCCCAGUAAGGGUUGUGUCCUCUGUCAAUGUCCGAUUAUCUCCAGGAAAAGAGACCAGAUGUAGCCCACCUUCCUUCACCUAUAAAUACACACCCGAAGAGGAACAGGAAUUGGAAAAGGGGACAGUUGAACACGAUGGUCAGUCUUUAGUUAAAUCCACUAUUUUCAUCUCUUCAUCAUCUGUGAAGAAAGAAGAAGCCUCCCAGAGUGAGGUGGUGCAUUCAGAAGAAUGCCAUCAUGGAAGGACUCCUACCUGUUCACAGUUUGCUGCAGCACCAAUAUCUCAGUCCACCUGCUCCCUUCACUCCAUCUCUCACUCGGAGUGGCAGGAGAGACCCCUGUGUGAGCACAUGAGAACUCUGAGCACUCACAGUGUUCCCAACAUAUCUGGUGCCACCUGUAGUGCCUUCACAUCCACUUUUGGGUGUCCUUACUCACAUAGACAUGCUGCCUACCCUUACCGAGUGUGCUCUGUGAAUCCUCCUUCUGCCAUAGAAAUGCAGCUGCGAAGAGUAUUGCAUGAUAUUAGAAACUCACUGCAGAAUCUUUCACAGUACCCCAUGAUGAGAGGAACUGACCUUGCUGCUGCUCCGUAUAGUACUCAGAAAUCAUCUGUUCUACCUCUUUAUGAAAAUACUUUUCAGGAGCUCCAAGUAAUGAGGCGGAGCCUGAAUUUAUUCAGAACACAAAUGAUGGAUUUAGAAUUGGCUAUGCUGCGUCAGCAAACCAUGGUUUAUCAUCAUAUGACUGAGGAGGAAAGGUAUGAAGUUGACCAGCUCCAGAGUUUGAGAAAUUCAGUCCGAAUGGAACUCCAGGACCUGGAACUGCAGCUGGAGGAACGCCUGCUGGGACUGGAGGAGCAGCUUCGAGCUGGGCGUGGGUCUUCACCCUUCCGCUCCUCAGCACUGCUGGGAAUGUAUGGCAGUAGAAGUGCUGAUAACUUGUCAUGCCCUUCUCCGUUGAAUGUAAUGGAACCAGUUACUGAACUGAUGCAGGAACAGUCAUACCUGAAGUCUCAACUGGGCCUGGGAUUUGGAGAAAUGGGAUUUGAAAUUCCUCCUGGAGAAAGCUCAGAAUCUGUUUUCUCCCAGGCAACAUCAGAGUCAUCCUCUGUAUGUUCUGGUCCUUCUCAUGCUAAUAGGAGAACUGGAGUACCUUCUAGUGACUCAGUGGGCAAACCCAAAACCAAGUUCGUGGCAAGUAAGAAAGUAUUCCGAGCGUCAGUGGCCCUAACGCCAACUGCUCCUUCUAGAACAGGCUCUGUGCAGACAACUCUGAAUUUGGAAAGUUCUGAGGAAGUUGGAGCAGUGGAAGAAGCCUCAGAGGUUGUAGGACCUAAAUCUGAGGUGGAAGAAGGGCGUGGACAACUCCCAUCGAUGCCAGCUGCUGAGGAAAUGCCUAAAAAUGUGGAGCAAGAUGAGUUGCAGCAAGUCAUACGGGAGAUUAAAGAGUCGAUUGUUGGGGAAAUCAGACGGGAAAUUGUAAGUGGACUUUUGGCUGCAGUAUCUUCAAGUAAAGCAUCGAAUUCUAAGCAAGAUAGUCAUUAAAUGGAAAUUAUAGGUUGGCAUGGAUCCUGUUAGCUAUGUAAUAUCGGAGUUACCAAUGAUAGACACUGGUGGAGGUGUUAUUUAUGCUUCAGAAGAUACUUGCUGCUGAGCAGGGCUACUGUAUACAGUGUGUAAGGUGUAUUUCUUCUGCGCAUAUCUUUUUAAAACAUACAUAGAAACUUAGGCACUUUGCUGACUUUCUUUUCUAAACUAUCAAAACUGUACUCAUAACAGUUUGAAAAUCUUAAUAUUUAUUUGUAUGUCAAUAUUUUCCGAUUCAUUCCCUAUGUAGAAUUAAUUCUAAAACUUGAAGACUUCCAGACUUAACUAACUUACAACACAUUUCUUCAGGCUAGCUUCUUAAAACACUGACCUCUAUGAGGUAUUUACUGUGCAAUAACUGAUUCAUUUUUUGAGAGCUUGAAGCAACCAAUGAUUUUCCCUCCACUGCUGUUAAUUAGUGUCACUUCCAAGAAGAAAAACUGUUCUGUUGUAAAAAAUUGCUCUUAAUUCUUGAGGAGGUUACUAAUAGCAGUAGGAUAGAAUUAUAUGAGGUUACCUACAACUACUUAAUGUUCUUACACUGUAAGCCUUGUUGCUUUACCCCAGACAAAUGUUACUUUAUUAUAGCUUAUGUAGUAGUUUUCUUUCAGAAAUGUGCCUUAUGUUAAACACUAUGUACUUUUUGCAUUGUCCAGACUUCUUUAUUAUAAGGAGAUGUUUCUUCUGUCUUUUAGACUAACUAGUAGGGUAUUGUCAAAAUAAUGGGGCCUAUGACUUGAAUGGAUAGAAAUGAAUAAGCUGGUUUUUGUUUUUUCAAAAUGGAAGUAAUUUAGAUUUGUUCUACUCAUACAUAAAUGGUUUUAAUUCAGUUUUAACUAGUGAAAACUGUUUUUAUGAAAAAAAAAGGAUAAUGGUUUCCUGUUUGGUUUCAUAUGUGUUAAAUAAAUGUGUACAGUAACAACCAAAUGUUUUUGGAAUUAUUCUUUUAGCAUUUAUAAUGUUCAACUCCUAUUAUGUUUCUUUGUGUGAGAAAUUUUAAUCAAAAGUGGCUUGAGAUGUUAACAAUAU